ACAAACUGAAGCAGUAACAUAUUCAGGUCCAACAUUCAUAAGAAUUCGUAGCAGUAAACAUGAUAGUAGCACUGCUUACUCUCAUGGCAAAGACUUCGAUAAUCUGAUAGUUGAGGAGAAAUUACACAACUUUACUAUAACAGAUGGCCAGUCUAAACCUAUAAUAGUAAUAAUAAGUAAUAGUGGCCCUAAUAAGAAUCUAUGCUAUAGAAAAAUAGUUCAGAUGAUAACAAGUGAUAAAGAAUUAGAAAAAUACAAUUUCAAAGCAGCUGGAAAUGUUUUGACAUCAGUGUGGGAGAAUACAAUUAUCAAUAAUUAUCCAGUAAUUGUUAAAAAAUAUAAAAAAACUAAUUUAUCUAAAGAGCCUGUUUUGGAUAUAGAUUUUAAAAGUGGUAAAACUAUACAGGUAGAUAAAAAAGUAGUGCUAGAAGAUUUGUUAGAAACCUAUCCUCGGCAAGUGCAAGUUCAAGAAGAGUUGAUUGCAGACAGAGUAUUAAUAGUUAACUAG